GGCAGCAGUAAAUGAAAUAUUAAACGACUUCCACAUCACUACCGCAGACGCAAAGGCGCUACUAUUGGCGCAUGCGCAUUGCAGGCUUGAUUUUGAACCGCUGCUGUGGGGCGGAGAUCAACAACAGUGCUGCAGAAACAUCAAAUAAUCAACCGGCCGAGCAGGAGUGAUGCCCGGUGCACAGCUUUAACCUACCAGGAUUAAUGAAGUGGAACUGCAGGAUAAUGUGGGACUCUACAUCGCAUUGGUCUGCUGUUUUGGAUGAAUACCCUGUGUGUUUCCAUAACCAUUGUUUGAAUUUUGGUUUGGGCCAAUCCUAAAGAAAAAUGGAGGCCAAUAUGGAAUACAUGGUGAAACAGGUGAUGCAGAAAGACUUGGGAAGACGCCUCCAGGUCGGACAGGAGAUUAUUGACUACAUCCUGGACAGGCAGAGGUCACAUGACUUAGAGCAUGAUCAGACCAUGCUGGACAGGAUGGUGGACGGCCUGGCUACCUCAUGGAUUAACUCCAGCAACUUUAAGGUGGCACUUUUGGGAAUGGAUAUUGUCUCUGCCUUAGUAACCAGAUUACAAAACAACUUUAAACUUCAAAUUGGGACAGCAUUGCCCAGUUUAUUAGACCGUUUAGGUGAUACCAAAGAUCAAGUAAGAGACCAAGCCCUGACUCUGCUGUUAAAAAUAAUGGACCAAGCUGCAAAUCCACAGUAUGUAUGGGAUCGUAUGCUGGGGGGAUUCAAACACAAGAACAACAGGACCAGAGAGGCUGUCUGUUUCUGCCUUAUAUCCACAUUAAAUAUAUAUGGAGCACAAGGUUUAACUCUGAGCAAGAUUGUACCUCAUAUAUGUAAUUUAUUAGGAGACCCCGCAGUUCAGGUUCGAGAUGGAGCUAUGAACUGCCUUGUGGAGAUUUACAGACAUGUUGGAGAGAGGGUGCGAACAGAUCUGGGGAAGAAAGGACUACCACAAUCACGGUUGAAUGUAAUUUUCAGCAAAUUUGAUGAAGUACAGAGAUUAGGAAACAUGGUUCAGGCUGCUGAUAAAAACAUAGAUGAUGAUGAUUCUGUGGACGGAGGGCGUUCCUCCUCCUCCUCUAAAGGAGCAUCGUCCACCCGACGAACUGGAUCCAUGCGCAGACCAAGUUCUGCCUCCAGCACCAAGAGUGCAGGUAAAGAGGUCUCAGGUGCCGGAGCUGUGGAUAAGGAGGACUUUAUUCGUGCCUUUGAGGAUGUGCCUAAAGUACAGAUUCACUCCAGCCGGGAGCUCGAGGAAUCGAUGAAUAAGAUCAGAGAGGUCCUGUCAGAUGAAAAACACGACUGGGAGCACAGAGUGGCAGCGUUAAAAAAGGUUCGUUCACUGUUGCUCGCUGGUGCUGCAGAUUAUGACGGUUUCCUACAACAGCUGCGACAGCUAGAAGCAGCGUUCAAGCUCUCCGCUAAAGACCUGCGUUCUCAGGUUGUUCGUGAAGCCUGCAUCACACUGGGGCAUUUGUCGUCUAUUCUGCGUAACAAAUUUGAUCAUGGAGCCGAAUCCAUCAUGCCCACGCUGCUCAACCUCGUCCCUAACAGCGCCAAAGUUAUUGCCACAUCUGGGGUCGCAGUUAUUCGCCUUAUUUUACGACACACACAUUACCCUCGACUCAUUCCAGUCAUUACCAGUAACUGCACGUCCAAAUCUGUAGCAGUGCGACGGCGCUGUUAUGAGUUCUUGGAUCUUUUACUCCAGGAGUGGCAGACCAGUUGUCUUGACAGACAUUUAGCCGUCCUGAUGGAGACCAUUAAGAAAGGAGUUCACGAUGCAGACUCGGAAGCCAGAUCUGUUGCCAGAAAGUGUUACUGGGGAUUCCAUGGACACUUCAGUAAGGAAGCGGAGCAUCUGUUUCACGCUCUGGAGCUGACUUAUCAGAAGGCUUUGCAGUCGCAUCUGAAAAGCUCUGACAGUGUUAUGUCCUUUCCCCAAUCUGAUCGAUCCUCCUCUAGCUCACAAGAGAGCCUCAAUCGGCCCCAGUCUGCUAAAGCUGCUGUAGGAAGCACUGGAACCAGAACUAAAGUGGUCAGUUCUAGACCUUCACCGGCUUCCAGCGCACUUCAACGAUCUCGUAGUGAUGUUAAUGUUAAUGCUGCUGCCAGCUCUAAGUCUCGGAUGCCCACGGUACCUGUUGCUGCCCCCUUCAGCUCAGCCACGGCACUGCCACCUGGUUCCUAUGCCUCACUGGGUCGUGUUCGUACGAGGAGACAGAGCUCAGGUAGUGGUGUUGCGAGCAGAGCCUCUGUUACAGACGGUAGGGGGCGGAGUCGAGCUAAAACAGCCUCUCAGUCACAACCUGGGAGUCGCUCCACAUCUCCGGGAAAGCUGAUUGGUCAGUCAUAUGGAAAAGUCUCCACAGUAACACCCACCGGGAGGCGCAGCAAGAUCCCCCGCAGUCAGGGCUGCAGUCGAGAUAGCAGUCCCAGCCGUUCCACCCAGGUAAGGGGUAGUCGUAUCCCGCGGCCCAGUAUGAGUCAGGGUUGCAGUCGUGAUACGAGCAGGGAGAGCAGCAGAGAUACAAGCCCAGCAAGGGGCUUCACCCCCCUCGCGUCCCGGCGCCACUCACGCUCCACCAGUGCUCUGACAUCAGCUGAUACUCUUCAGACAGAUCGUUUUGGGCUGAUACACCAGGCGCGGAUCUCUGCCUCGGUUAAUGCCAUGCGCAUCCUUAACACUGGCAUGGAGGUGGAGGCAGCAGUGGCUGAUGCCCUGCUGUUAGGAGACUCCAGGAGUAAGCGGAGACCCAUGCGGAGACGGUACGAAUCUCCUGGCAUGUAUUCUGAUGAUGAUGCCAACAGCGAUGCAUCAAGCGCAUGUUCAGAGCUCUCAUACAGCUCCCGCAAUGGAGGAGUGCCACACUACAUGCGGCAGACAGAGGACGUAGCCGAGAUCCUUAACCACUGUGCCAGCUCCAACUGGUCUGAGAGGAAGGAGGGUCUGCUGGGUCUCCAAAAUCUCUUAAAAAGUCAGAGAGUUCUCAGCCGUGUGGAACUGAAGAGAUUGUGUGAGAUUUUUACGAGGAUGUUUGCCGACCCUCACAGCAAGAGAGUGUUUAGCAUGUUUCUGGAGACGCUGGUGGACUUCAUCAUGCUGCACAGGGAGGAUUUACAGGACUGGCUCUUUGUACUGCUCACCCAGCUGCUGAAGAAGAUGGGUGCUGACCUGCUGGGCUCGGUGCAGGCCAAAGUACAGAAAGCCCUUGACGUCACCAGGGAUUCUUUUCUGUAUGAUCAGCAGUUUAACAUUCUGAUGCGGUUUAUUGUCGAUCAGACACAGACUCCUAACCUCAAGGUGAAGGUGGCCAUUCUGAAGUAUAUUGAGUCUUUGUCCCGGCAAAUGGAUCCCUCUGACUUUGGGAACUCCAGUGAGACUAGACUGGCCGUCUCCCGUAUCAUCACCUGGACCACAGAGCCCAAAAGCACAGAUGUCAGGAAGACUCUGCAUGAAUGGGUGAGUGAGGAGCUGGCAGACAGGCUCAGCUCGCUCACCUCCCUCCCCGUGGAGGGCAACCUGGAGGAGAAAUGUAAGCAGGCCGCUCAGACUGUGCUAAUUUCUCUGUUUGAGCUGAACACACCGGAGUUCACCAUGCUGCUGGGUGCUCUGCCUAAAACCUUUCAGGAUGGAGCCACCAAACUCCUACACAACCAUCUGAAGAACUCCAGCAAGUCUGCAGCUGUGAGUUCACCAAGCAACACGGUAUGUCGCACGCCUACAAGACUCUCGGCUAAUCGCACCAGUCCUCUAACGUCACCCACAAACUGCUCGCAUGGAGGACUUUCACCCAGUCGUUUAUGGGGCUGGAGCUUGAAUAGCUCAAAGACAUCCUGUCCUUUCAAAUCCCCUCCUCCUUAUCCUAACACCCCCCCUCUAAGGGCUGGGCGGCAGGCUCCCUCGCCCAGUAUGUUGGAGUACGAUACUGAGAACAUAAGCUCAGAUGAGAUCUACAGCUCUCUGAAAGGAGUGACAGAAGCCAUUCAGAGUUUCAGCUUCCGCAGUCAGGAGGACAGCUACGAGCCAAUCAAACGUGAUGCCAAGAAAGACAAUGCGUCCGGUGUGGCGUCUUCGGCUGCAGACCCCCGGCUUGCUACAGAAGUGAUGGAGGGGGGCCGGAUGGCUCUGGACAACAAGACGUCAUUACUGAACACGCCGGCUCCUCGAUCAUUUCUGGGGCCAAGGACACGCGAGUACAACCCCUACAACUACUCCGACUCUAUCAGCACCUCUGAUAAGAGUGCUUUGAGGGAAGCAGCGUUCAACGAUGAUGUGGAACAGCUCCGCAAUGGUCGGCAGCAAGACUUUAGUGAAAACAAAAUCAUACAUUCGAAAGCUUAUUCUGCAGGUCCCACACAGCCUCUUGAGCUGGUUGGUGACCUGUUAAAGGAACUGUCCUGUCGCAGUGAGCGUGUGGAGGAGAGGAAGGCCGCUCUGCUGGAGCUGUUGAAGGUGACUCGUGAGGACAGUCUGGCUGUGUGGGAGGAACAUUUUAAAACUAUGCUGCUCCUGCUUCUCGAGACACUGGGGGACAAAGACCACACAAUCCGGGCGCUGGCUCUACGGGUUCUAAAGGAGAUCCUGCGCGGUCAGCCUGCACGCUUUAAAAACUAUGCAGAACUGACCAUCAUGAAAACAUUGGAAGCACACAAAGACUCCCACAAAGAGGUGGUACGAGCUGCAGAAGAAGCUGCCUCCACCCUGGCGUCCUCCAUAAAUGCAGAGCAGUGCAUCAAAGUCCUGUGCCCCAUCAUACAGACUGCAGAUUACCCCAUCGACCUGGCUGCCAUUAAAAUGCAGACCAAGGUCAUCGAGCGGAUUCCUGAGGAUUCUCUGUAUCAGCUGCUGCCUGACAUCAUCCCAGGCCUGUUGCAGGGUUAUGAUAACACAGAGAGCAGUGUAAGGAAAGCCUGUGUUUUCUGCUUGGUGGCAAUUUAUUCUGUCAUUGGAGAAGGAUUGAAGCCUCAUCUUGCCCAGCUUACAGGCAGCAAGGUGAAACUGCUGAACCUGUACAUAAAAAGAGCCCAAACUACCUACAGCAAUAGCAGCAGUUCUUCUGAUAUCUCCUCUCAGAAUUAAAUCAUGAUCCACGGCCAUGAUUAUUAUCACCUCAGCUCUGCUUUAGUAUUAGAGACUCACUCAGCCUCAGAUCUGAGCUCUUUUUUAAUGGAGCAUGGUUUCUUAACGUUAGUCAUAUAGGCCCACUGCCCUGCCAGGUUUUAAGGCUUCUACUCCGAACACAACUGAUUAUUAUUUUUUUGUUUUUAAAUGAUUAAGCCCACCAUGAGCUGGAUUAGGUGUGUUUGGAACAGAGAAAGCUUAAAACUUCUCUUUCUGUACUGGGUCUCCAGGACUGGUGUUGAGAAACUGAUUUUGAGAAACUGUUAUUUGAUGUAUUGCUGAAGAAUAAUAGUAGAACUGCACUUUUUCAGUGUGGGUGACUGUGACUGGUACGAUUCUGUCCUCCUGAAUGUGUGAGCAAUGUAACAAACAUCAACGCUAGCAGCUGAGCUGUACCUCACUCCACUACACUGUAUUAUCAUAUAGAGCAGUCUGUCAGUGGCCCUUGUUCUCUCUCAUAAAGGAACAGUUCAGAACAGCUUAUGUUUUGCUACCUCAAACGUAGUCAGUCAGCAAAGUCUUGUUGCUUUUCACUUUUGCAUUAAUGCUACCAAGCUAAAGCUUUCUUGACAGCAGACACAAUUUUAAAGCAAGCUCUAAAAAACUACAAAGACAGCCAAACAAGAUUAAGUAUAUAUUAUAUUUUACAAAAGAAAGAACUGUGGUUGCAUCUUAAAUGGUAACAGCUGUUUAAGAGACACAGUGUUCUGUUACACUAACCCACUACUGCUGAGAUCCGGGUUCCAAUCAUAGCUGUGUUGUUGGUCGGCAGGGCUACAACUGGCUAUAUCUGAGAGAUAGGGCUGGCUAUCAUGGGGUGGUCACCAUGGCCCUGAUCAGGAUAAAGCGGUUGAUUAAAAUGAAAAUGAAUAAAAUCCCAAAUAAUACAAUUAAAUUAGUUUUGAUUUUUAGUGUUUUGUAAUUGCAUAUAGUUUAUUACAUAAUAUUGAUUUACAUUUAUUUCUGUUUUUAAUGUUUUAACUCGUAUAAUACAGUGAAUUUGCUUUUAAAAAGGAAUGUGGCCAGAGUAGAUAAGAUCACAGCUCAGUUUGGCACACAGACAAUCAAUAAUUGCAGUAUUUGCUGGUUAAAAUCUACUAUUUUCUGCUGUUGUUUAACAAUCUUAAAGCUCACGGUGGGUCCAUUUUUUAAUGACCAGUAGAAAACCUAGAAUGAGAAAGAAUGUGUUUUUAAUUUUUGCUUUAUUUUAACUACUGAAAGCUCGCUGUUGAGCCCUGUUAUGCCACGUAGUGUAGUGUAGUUUUACCUUCAAAUUGUAUGGGGAUUCACAGCCCCAGUUUAAAACUAAAACCAUUUGGAAAGGUCUUGGUUGACUAUGUUUGAGCUAAAACACUUAUAAAUAGCUGUUUUGUUAAACCAUUCCUUUAAGCUUAUUAAUUUUGUCAGAUUUUACAAUGUGGUCAGUUACUACAACAACAAUAUUCACCAUUCACAUUGCUUAAAUAUAGACUGACCAAUCAGCAGUUGUGUUACUGUUCCUCUGUAUGCACGAGUAUUAGGAACUACAAUUAGGAAAGAAAAUGUCUGGGCAUUCAGCACUAAAUAUGCAAACACUACGAUUGUAUUUGUACAGUUAUUAUGUAAACUUAACCAGUAUGGAAAGAAAAAAGAUACAGGAGGAUUUUUUUCUGUUUUUUGGUAAAAACAGUAAGAAUUUUUUUUCCAUUAUAUAGGAUUGUUCCUUACAGUCGUUUGGCUGGUCCAUUUAAUUCUAUUGUGAUGCAUUUUGACUGUUCAGAACAAAAUAUCUUUCCUUACUCAGAAAAGGUAUGUAAGAUGACUCUGGUUGGGAUAUAUUCUUGUUUUAAAGAUACAUACACUAAGUCGGCUUAGUGACAAGUUCAUAAACUCAAUUCAAACAACCAGGAGGGCAGUGUUGUUGAAGUAAUUGAAAUGCUGUAUGUAUUAUCCAGCUAGCACCUGACUCCACUCUGCACCACUUGUGUUCUGUGAGUGCUGCUCCAGGAAUGACCUGCUUUAUUCGUAUUAAGAAAACAAAUGCCCAUAGAUAUCACCAAAUCAAAUCCAGACUACAAUGUAAGAACAUAAAUGCAUGUAUGUUUACCAGUCAGUUUGUGAAAAACGUGUUCAGAUUGCUUGUUCUGGAUCUGAUCUGAUCUAAGUACAAUACUGUAAUUAAGCGUUCAUUGAACAGCUCAGUGUUGGAGUGAGUAAUAAUCCUGGUGGUGUAUAUACUGGGUGUAUACUGUAGAUAUGUUUACAUGUACACUACUUAUCUAGAGCUCUGUAUGCAGAUUUAAUAGGAUCCCCAGCUUCCGUUAGAGGGGCUCAACGCCUUAUACUUUCCUACUUUUACCUUCUUAUAAGGAAAAUCACCUGUUACAUUGUUCAGCCUUGUUCACUGUGUUCAGCUGUGUAUGAUAUAUUGAUGUGAAUGAAUGUGUGUAUAAGGAAAGUGUUUUACAGAGACUGUUACAACAGAAGCUCUUACAAUGCUUAUGCUAAUGUAUUUAAAUAUUAGGCAGUCGCUACAUUUUGCUAAGUGCGCAUGCGUUUUGUUUAGCUAAUUAAUAUUCAUAUCUGUAUUUAUGUUUCAUUUUGUUUCACUGACUGUACAUAAGAGCUGUUUUUGUUCAUUUUCACCAAUGAUAAAAUCUGUACACUUUAAUUGCUCUAGAUAAAAAAAAUCUGAGUUUUUUUUUUAA